GGGCGUCCUUGCCUACUGUACGGGGGUUGGAUAUGGCAUGCCCGGCCUCAGGGCUCAUGCCAUGCGAUACAUGAAGACGUUUGACAAUGCUGUUGAUAUUCAACAAAUUCUGGUCCUAGCCAAGGAAGCCUUCUCCACAUUUGAAAGUCAUCUUUUGAACUCCGAGUAUCCUGAUUAUAUACGCGGAAAAUUGGAGGGUGCUGUGGAAGCGAACGGAGACUUUUUGAAGCAGUAUGGUUUUUUGCAGGGCUUUGGAAACCAGUCCAUGUUUGACAGGUUCAUGGUGGAAAGCAUGGUGUCAGUGUAUUCGAAGAAGAUCUCAUCGCUCAGCAACGAGAAUAAGACCCUGAAGGCUGUCAAUGAGAGCUUGUGCAAGGACAAGGAUGAACCAACUUGUCCUCAGAAACCGGGACCUACAUGGCCGCAGACCCUUUCAGUGUCCGAUAUUCAUGAGUCCACCGUUGUUCCUACGGGGUCCGCAGGAUUGUUUGAAGAUGAUCGCUCUGGAGGGUCAUCAAGUGAUGCAGAAUCGGUAGAUACUGACCUUGGGUUCGUCAGUAUUGGGAAGAACAAUGAGGUUCAGGAAAAACAACCAAGUCAUGUGGAAGCGAGCGCAUAA